AUGGUGGUACUGAAUGAGGUACACCACUGUACACUACACCAUGUACAGUACACCACUGUACACUACAACACCGUACAGUACACCACCGUACACUACACCACUGUACACUACACCACCGUACAGUACACCACUGUACACUACACCACCGUACAGUACACCACUGUACACUACAACACCGUACAGUACACCACUGUACACUACACCACCAUACAGUACACCACGAUAAACAAUCAUACAAUCAUCUAUUCCAUCUAUAUAAUCAUCUAUUCCAUCUAUACAAUCAUCUAUUCCAUCUAUAUAAUCAUCUAUUCCAUCUAUACAAUCAUCUAUUCCAUCUAUAUAAUCAUCUAUUCCAUCUAUAUAAUCAUCUAUUCCAUCUAUACAAUCAUCUAUUCCAUCUAUACAAUCAUCUAUUCCAUCUAUACAAUCAUCUAUUCCAUCUAUACAAUCAUCUAUUCCAUCUAUACAAUCAUCUAUUCCAUCUAUAUAAUCAUCUAUUCCAUCUAUACAAUCAUCUAUUCCAUCUAUACAAUCAUCUAUUCCAUCUAUAUAAUCAUCUAUUCCAUCUAUACAAUCAUCUAUUCCAUCUAUAUAAUCAUCUAUUCCAUCUAUACAAUCAUCUAUUCCAUCUAUAUAAUCAUCUAUUCCAUCUAUAUAAUCAUCUAUUCCAUCUAUACAAUCAUCUAUUCCAUCUAUACAAUGAUCUAUUCCAUCUAUACAAUCAUCUAUUCCAUCUAUAUAAUCAUCUAUUCCAUCUAUAUAAUCAUCUAUUCCAUCUAUACAAUCAUCUAUUCCAUCUAUACAAUCAUCUAUUCCAUCUAUAUAAUCAUCUAUUCCAUCUAUACAAUCAUCUAUUCCAUCUAUACAAUCAUCUAUUCCAUCUAUACAAUCAUCUAUUCCAUCUAUACAAUCAUCUAUUCCAUCUAUACAAUCAUCUAUUCCAUCUAUAUAAUCAUCUAUUCCAUCUAUACAAUCAUCUAUUCCAUCUAUACAAUCAUCUAUUCCAUCUAUACAAUCAUCUAUUCCAUCUAUACAAUCAUCUAUUCCAUCUAUACAAUCAUCUAUUCCAUCUAUAUAAUCAUCUAUUCCAUCUAUACAAUCAUCUAUUCCAUCUAUACAAUCAUCUAUUCCAUCUAUACAAUCAUCUAUUCCAUCUAUACAAUCAUCUAUUCCAUCUAUACAAUCAUCUAUUCCAUCUAUAUAAUCAUCUAUUCCAUCUAUACAAUCAUCUAUUCCAUCUAUACAAUCAUCUAUUCCAUUAUACAUAUAAUCAUCUAUUCCAUCUAUAUAAUCAUCUAUUCCAUCUAUACAAUCAUCUAUUCCAUCUAUACAAUCAUCUAUUCCAUCUAUACAAUCAUCUAUUCCAUCUAUACAAUCAUCUAUUCCAUCUAUACAAUCAUCUAUUCCAUCUAUACAAUCAUCUAUUCCAUC